ACUGUGGAUAGAUUACAGCCGGAAUGAAGCUUAAACAAGCAAGAGAAAGCAAUCAGGUGCCGUGUUUUCAUAAAUUACUACAGCAACAGCUUGGCUUGGGGGACGGUUUACCAGCUGUUUCCAGCCCUCCUGGGAGAAGCUCCGGAGGCGCAGUAGAGCCUCGGAAUUGCUUUCAGGCUUCACCUCUGACGUUGCAAAUUUCGGGCCGAGAAAGUGAUUCGUUGCUGUGGGGAACCGGCGAUGGGAUCUUUGCCUGGGUGGUGUUGAAUUUCCUGGGUGGGAGGGGAGAGACGGAGGAUUUCAACGCCGAGUUUUGUCUCCAACCCGCGCUGUUCGCAUCGGCCUUUUUAAGCGCGAGUGCAGGCACACAAUCACAAUCACCAUACAUACAGUUCUGCUUCACAAAAUAUGCUUCCUGCGGGCAGCCUUUUGUAUCUAAUAUUUAUUACCCAUUUCCGCUGCCUACAUCUCGACAUUAUUGGAUAGAUAUGCCAGGUUCCACGUUUCCUGUGAACUUCCAGCGCACCUGUGAUUUUUCGGGCAACAUGCUAGCCAACCCUUCUGUAAUCCCAGCCUUUAAAUUCCAGCUGCGGCGAGAAACCAUUGACUGGAGGCGAUUCAGUGCCAUUGAUGUGGAACGGGUAACUCGUGAGCUGGAUAUUGGCACUCUUCAGGAAAAUAUCAAUGGUGUCACCUUUUGUAACCUUGAUGCGGAAAAGUGCCCCUAUUGUCAGCAGCCAGUAGACCCUGUUCUCCUUAAGGUUCUGAAGAUGGCCCAACUGACCAUCGAAUAUUUGUUGCACUCUCAGGAGUUCUUAAGUAUGAACUUGGCACUCCAAGAGGAGCAGCACCAGGCAGUCCUUGAAGACUGCAAGCGUAUCAAGUAUGACCUGGAUAAGCAAGCAGAAGAAUUAAAGGGGGUGAAGGAAGAGAGCAGGAGACGGAAAAAAAUGAUUGCCACCCAACAGCUGCUCUUGCAAGCUGGGGCCAACAACUACCACAAGUGCCAGCUCUGUGACAAGACUUUCAUGAAUUAUUCCUUUCUACAAGGCCACAUGGAGCGUAGGCAUCCUGAGGCCACUGCACUGGAGAAGUCGAAAAAGAAACAGGUGCAGCAAAUGGAAAGUGAGAUUGAAGAACUGAAGGUCAAGUUGAAGGAGACCCAUGUCCAGCUAGAGGCUGAGAGUCAGCAAAGGGUUCAGGAAGCAGAGCGUCUUCGUCAAAGGGAAGAUGAGGAAAGGAGGAAGUUUGAAAGAUGGAAGGAAGAGGAGAGAGCAAAGUUUCACACAGAAAUGGAAGAGCUGAGGCAACUUUUCCUCACGGAAAUCAAGGACUUUUCCAACAAAAAUUCUGCCUUGGAAGGAAAACUUCAGGAACUACAAGUCAAGAAUGCAGUAGCCUCACAUCUUGGGACAUUGCAAGAUGAUGAUUCUUUUGAGAAACAACAGUGGACUAAGACUCAGAAAGAAUUACAAGGGAUGAAGGCAAGGAUUGAACAACAGAAAACCGAGUGGGAGUGGAAACUUAAGAAAUUUCAGAAGGAGAAGGAGAAGGAGAAAGAAAAACUGAAGAAUGAGAAUGAAAAACUGAAGGCUUCCUUGUCUUCUGACCAAUGGAAAAUGGCUGAAUAUAACAAGAAACAACUUGCUUCCCUUACCACACAACUCAGAGAGCAAGCCGGUGUCAUCCAAUCUCAGGAGAAUACAAUUAAGCUUCUGACUUCCAGCAAACCCAGAGAAAUCCAACAGGUACCCAAGACAGAAAAGCUGGAAGAAUCCAGUGAAGAAGAACUAGAUGAUACUUUGGACAGGAAGAAUAGAGUUCUGGAAAUACUGCGGAAGGAUCCCAAUUUGUUGAAACAAUUCCGGCCAAUUCUGGAAGAGACACUUGAAGAUAAACUGGAGACCAUGGGAGUGAAACGAGGUACAAAAGGUAUCCCAGCUCAAACCUAUAAACAUUUGAGAACUUUGAUUAAAAAACAGCAGCAGCAGAAGGCUAAAACAUUUCCAGGUCUGCUAAACUUGAGAGAUAAACUUGAAAAAGAAGUGCAGAAGAAAGUGGUUCAGAAGGAUGAAGAGAAUAUGUCCUUGCUGUUUUCUCCAAUCUUAGAAAAAACCCAAAGAGACCAGCAUUUUCCACUCCAGGUUACACCUUUGAAGAUUGGAACACAACCAGUAGAAGUACAAUAUUAUGCCCUGGACACACCCAAACCAGCUCCUCGGAGCAAAGUUAGUUCCAUGACUAGUUCAAUAGAGAUUCCAAAGGUACCAUCUCCAAAUCAAAUUAGAAGCAGCUCACCUUCUCUUCAACAAUCUGCUGUCCACUUCCCCAGUACUUCACCUUUCAGCUCUGAGACUGAAGAGUCUGAGGAACAAACAAACAUGAGCUCUCCAAAAUACACAUCCCUCAAGGCAGAACCAAAACAGAGCAAACCUGUUCCCAGAGCAGCACAGGUGGAAGAGAGUGAGUGGGAUUCAUCUGACACAGACUUUUCUAAAGAGAAAAUUGAUACAGGAAAGAGUUCCCCAGUUGUAGCAGGAACUCAUUCAGAAACACUAGUGCAGUCAAUGGCUAAAAAUUUGGAGAAGAAACUGAACAUACCUGGAAAGAAGCCUCCAGGUGGCGUGAAGCUCUUUGCCGUCCAAAGCAAAGAAGAUGCUAAAACCAAUCAUCCCACAAAAAAGCUUCAGUUUGCCUAUGAGGAGGAUAGUGACUUGGAGAUUUCUUCCUUGGAGGAAAUCAGCCAGCACCUGGAACCUGAAACUAAGAUAAAGAAGCCCCAAGGGCCAAAAGUUAGUGGGAGCUCCACUGCAUUGCGGGGCACCAGUAUCUGGACUUCCAGCAGCACAAAAACUGGGGUCUGGUGAUUCCAUGGUUAGAUGAGUAUAGAACCUAGCAGAGAUGGAAGAGCAUCCCAUGACAGAGAAAUCAGAUUAAAUUUGAUAAUCAAAAGAAUAAACAAAAACACAGCACCAAAAACCGAAAGUAUCACAUUCAAGGUUCUAGGUAUAAAGUUUCAAAGGAAACAUUUAAUUAACACAAGGUUUUCUAGUGCGCCUCAGGAGAAGGAAAAGACUACUUUAUUCUUUUGCUGAAAGUCAAUCUUUUUUUUAUUAAAAGUUUUAAAAAUUUCUUACAGUAUAUAACCCAAAUCCCUCCCCCCUCCCCCACUUCCCAGAGCUGAUUACAGGGUUACAAAUAAGCCAUCAUAAUCUAACUAACAUUACCCAACUCUACUAACAAUCAAAUCCAUAGCAUAUUUUAACUCCUUUUCAAAAUAAAUAUUAACAAAUUAAAAACCAAAAAUAAUAUAAUUAAACAAUAAUACUAAAAAUAGCUGAAAGUCAAUCUUGACAUGACAUUAUAAAUUAAUUUUUAUCCAGAAGACACAAGCGUGAUUCUCAUAUCAUGCACAACCACAAUGUUGUGCACUUGGAUCUGACUUAGUGCAGUAUACAGUAUGUGAACCCAGCCUUCAUGUACCAUUGAAUUUGAUUUAGCAUUAUAUUACUAAAACAAAACACAUAUUAGUACAGUAUAUAAAUGCGGCAAUAGAUAUAAGGCUGAAUCAAACAGCAACCAUGGCAUUCUAGCCUCAUUUGUGGGCUAUAAAGAAGUUUACAGUACACCUUUCACUGUUGCUUUAAGGAUAAGUGAAUUUCAGCAACUACAAGAGAGAAAGAUGUAUAAUUCUUGUGGUCUACUUAACAGAAAAAAGGGCUUUUGAUGCAUUGUGCUGUGAUACAUAACCUACUAUUAGAAAAAUGUUUCUGAAUUGUUUGUGCAAUUAGGCAAUUUUUCCUUUCUAAUACUGUGAUGGAUGCAACUUUCUUCUAUUUUUCAUAAGUUUGUUUAUAGCCAUAAAAGUAAAUAAAAUGGAGAGGCUUCAAACAUUUUGUAUCCCAUCAGCCUUCAGUUUCAUUCUUAGCUUGAUUGCACUUCAGCAUAGUGCAGAGUACUUAUUUAAUUCUGAAAUACAUUUAGCAUUUUCAAAGUAUGUUUCUAUUAUAUUUAAAUAGAAUCACAUUGAAAAUGCUAAAAGUAUUUCAAAAUUAAAUAAGUAUAUCUUCAGAAAAUGAAAACUCAAAAUAUACCACCACCACCCUCAAUUUUAUUUGAUGUAAGAUGCGACAGAGAGAAAAUCUGAGUGGCUUUCAAGAUUCUGUUAUUCUACCCUACAACAAUACUGAGCAUUCCUGGAGUCCAUAUUGCUCCUGUUUCAUAACUUUCCUAUCUUGAAGGGUUGACAAUAUCAUGAACUAUGAUUCAUGGACCACAACUUAAAAUGUUGAAAAUUAAUGAUAGCCACUUAAGGAUAAUAAUUAAGCAGUUGGAGUAGGACUGGAGAGAUCUAGAUUCAGGUCCAUCCUCAGUCAUGAGAACUCAUGGUGACUUUAGGCAUGGUACCAGGAAAGGUUACUUGCAGGAUCACAACUUUCCAAGGAUUGUCCAUCCCACCACAUCUGACAGGAUGAGCACAAUCCAGAUCACCCUGGGUCUAGAAGAUGUGCCUUCUCUACUCUAGAAUCUCCCAUUGGAACAACUACUCCUGAUUCAGAAAGCCUUCACUGUAAAGACCUAGCUCUUCUACCAGGAACUGGCUGAGAUGUUGGUUGCACCCAAUAUACUGUAGAUGCAGUUAUUUUGGCAAUUUUAUUAUGAUACCUUGGUUGAUAUAUAAUGGUUGUUUACAGAUUUUUUUUUUUAAAAAAAGUAUUUUCUGGGAUUUGUUGUGUGGUAUACAAGAUUAUCCAUUUAAAAUAAACAGCCACAUAAAUUUUAAAAAUUAAAAUUUAUAUGUUUUAUAAACAUACAGAAAUGCUGUAUGCUUUUUCAAGCAAAAGAAAGGAUGAAUCACCUUUCUUAAGUAUUGUUCUCCUAAACUAUUUCUAUUAGGAAUUGACUUACAGUUACAUUGGCUUCCAAUGAUGCAUCAGUCCUCCGUGAUGUGAAAUGAAUGAGGAUGAGAGCUGGAAUACCUGUACAGAAGCUUCUUAUUAUCCCAGGGAAGAUACUUGGAGGUUUAUGUCAUCUUGUCUGAUUAUGAUCAUUCCUGGGUAAUUGUUGCAAUGUAAUUGAUUAUUCCCUGCCUUCUCCUUCAUCCCAAAAAUAUUCCUGCUAAUCUCACCGUUCAGCAAGCAAACAAAUGUUCGGACCUUUUGCUAUCUUCAUUCAUGGAGAGUUAGGGAAUGAGAUAUCUUUUGGCUUGAAUAAGUCAAGCUGAUAUGAACAUAUAAGUUUUUCAGGAAUCCCCACUUGUGCAGGUAUUUUUCUGGGUCCUGGGUCCUAUUCUUAAAAUGUGGACCCUUCAAGAAUCUUGCUCAGGCUGGCCCAUAAAUUACAAAUUAAUUAGAGAAGCUCUAGACUAGAAAAUAUAUAUGAAACUGAAAAAAUGCUGGGAAUUGCCACUUGAUGGCACCAUAUCUGAAGAAACAUGCAAUGUUAUCUUUUUUUAGACUUUGCAAAUGAAAUUUGCAAUAAGAAAAAGAUUUUCCCCCUAAAGCAAAGCAUGUAGAACACCCAAAGGAGUAAUAGUAAAUAAUAAGCCAUCCUAUACAUGUGUCUAAAUUGAAAUGAAAGUUUUGCUUGAUUCUAUUUUCUCCCAUCCUUAAUAUGCUUUUUCUUACUGAGGUCAAUUUUAGACAUUUGCUCAAAACAACAUGUCCCAAGAAUACCCGAGGACUUGCAAAUUUUAAGCAUAACUAGAUUUCUCAAAAUUGUUGAACUGAAAAAAAAAUGGGGAAAAAAAUCCAAUUGCACCUAGAAAUCUUUGGAAAAUGUUCAGAGGCUAUACUUGAAGUAAUGCAAAUAAAUAUAAAAUAAUUGUUGUUUUUUCUUUACAUACUAUAAUGUAAAUCAAAAUGUUUCAUACUAUGACAUGAAAUAUUGAAUGUCUUAUGCAUAUGACAAUUUAUCUUUAUUUGGGGGGGGAGAGAAAAUGAGAUCAUAACCAUAUCCUAAUAGAUUCUAAUAUUUUUCAGUCACAGAGCUAAUGUCUAUAAGUGAAUAUUAUUAAACAAUAUUUAUAAAUUCUUGAGACUGUAAAGUACUAGACAGUGUUUCUGAGAAAAGGAAGAUAAAUAUCAUCUACCUUUUUACUAUGUUUGCUUUUUUUCCUAAUGUAAAAUUAGGUACAGAAAUAUGUAAUUUUUGGAAUAUUUCUAAUGAAGAAAGGCAGGGUAAAAAAUUACAAAUUAUUUGCAUAUCUGGUAGAUUCCUGGUUUCAUCCUAUACAAAAUAAAUUUCACAGUGAGGUAAUGUUUGGAUUAAAAUAUUAAUACAAAAUGUAUACAAAAUGCUGCAUAAACUGUUCUAACUUAUCUUUGUAUACCCAUGCAACUGCAGUGACAUCAUAUUUAUAUGAAAGAUUAAAGCUAUACUGUAUUUGUAUCAUCAAUA